AUGGCAGAUGAACCCAGCCCCCUCGACCAGUUCUCCCAGCUCGUUCAGCGUAUCGGUACUAUCAAAGAAGCCGAAGUUGCAGCUGCCUACGACCGUCUCAAGUCUGUCACUGCCGAUGAGCUCUUGGGGAGAUGGCAGGGAUUCAGUCUGGACACAGGGCACCCGCUUCACCGGCUAUUGACAACCUUCAAGUGGGCUGGGAAGGAUUUUCACUCGGUGGACGAUGUUGACCCUAUCAUGAUGUACAACGCACAGGACGAGCGGGUGUGGUAUCAAGAGUACGGCCAUGCAAGUCUCCGCCAGGUGGAAUAUCGCGGGAUCGUUUCAACGGCCAUGAUAUACGACAGAUUCCCCAUCAUCGAUUCGUUUAGAUAUGUGGCCGACAACGUUGUCAUGGGGGCCAUGGAAAACAAGGACAUGAAAGAUUCAGGAACAUACUACUUUUACCUUAAGAAAUUGGAGAUGAAUUAG